UACCAACAUGAAAAUGAUGAGAAAAUCAGAGACAGAAAUGCUGCAAAGAAACAUGAUCCAGGAAAGCUUCGCGCUUUAGAAUUUUCAGAGAGAAAGGAGAGGAAAGAAUCAUCAAAGUCACACUUUGAAGAAUCAAGACGUAAAAGGGGAAGAUCGUGGAGUAGAGACCGUGGGAAUAGACAUAGGUUAAGAUCUCUCUCACCAAGGGCACACAAACAUGCUUCAAAUAAUUUGGGGCCUCGCAGUGAUGUAUCAUCCCAUUCGCUCAAAGAUAGGACUGGAAGACAACAUUUGGGUAUUGAUAGUAGUAGAGUGUCUUCUAAUGGCUCAAGCAGCCACUAUCAGCGACAUGAUGAGUCUGCAAAUAGACUUGGCGGCUAUUCCCCUAGGAAGAGAAGGACUGAGUCUGCUAUUAAGACUCCAUCCCCACCCAAUCGUUCACCUGAAAAGAAAAAAGCUAGGUGGGAUCCCCCCCUUGCAUCAACUGACAAGUCAUUAUCUAGUUCAGUUGCUUCUCGUUUCCAGUCAUCAAACAGUAAUGUAACGUCAAAUAUACAUGGGAUGGCCAUUGCUGUUUCUGUUGCCUCAACCACCACAACAUCUAUUCCCGGAGUUUCUCCUGAUUCUAUAUUGACUAAGAAAAAUGCUUCCAUUGACUCUGUCCAAUUAACACAAGCCACCCGGCGUAUGAGGAGGCUUCAUGUAGAAAAUAUUCCAUCUACAACCUCUGAAAGCACUUUGGUAGAAUCUCUGAAUAAUUUUUUGUUAUCUUCGGGGGUAAAUCAUAUUCAAGGAACACGACCCUGCAUCAGUUGUGUGAUUAACAAAGAGAAGGGGCAAGCUCUUGUGGAGUUUCUUACACCUGAAGACGCUUUGGCUGCUCUGGCAUUUGAUGGCACUUCAUUCUUUGGUUCUAUUCUCAAAAUCAGGCGCCCUAAGGACUUUAUUGACGUUGCUACUGGUGACCAUGACCCCGAGAAAUCAGUGGCUGCAGCUGAUGGUAUUGUGACAAUAAGUGAUGUUGUGAAUGAUUCUCCUAACAAGAUUUUCAUUGGUGGGAUAUCAAAGGUUCUUUCCUCAGAAAUGCUUCUGGAAAUCGUUAGUGUCUUUGGACCUUUGAAGGCAUACCAUUUUGAGGCCAAUGAGGAACUUACUGAACCAUAUGCUUUUCUAGAGUAUGUCGACCAGUCAGUAACUCUCAAAGCCUGUGCGGGUCUGAAUGGUAUAAAAUUGGGAGGGAGAGUGAUAACUGUGGUUCAGGCCAUUCGUAGUGGAUCAUCCUCGGUAAAUAGUGGAAAUGCAUCAGUUUAUGAGAUCCCAGAACAUGCAAAGCCGCUUCUCAAACAACCAUCACACAUCCUAAAGCUUAGAAAUGUGUUCAAUCUGGAGAACAUGUCAUCACUGUCUGAACAAGAGAUCGAAGAAGUCCUGGAAGAUGUGCGAUUAGAAUGUGCCAGGUUUGGUAUGGUUAAAUCUGUAAAGAUUGUCAAGCAUGCAAACAAUCACGUUGUCACUACUGGAGCGUGUGAAGCUGUCAACAAUGUAGAAUCUGGUGGGCAAUGGCAAAAUUAUUCCAAAGAAAAAGGAGCAAAAACAGACACUUUGGACGAACAUAUUGAUAAGGACGUCAAGGUAACUAGUGGAGUGAAGCUUACAGGAGAACUUAAAGAAGAUGAAGUCCCAGAAAGCAAUUGCCUUGGUUUUGAUAAACCAGCAGAUGAUUUAGUAGAGGACAAGUCAUGUCAAAUAGGUCAACUAGAUAAAGAUACUGAAAUCCAAGGAAGUGAUGACUUAUCUAAUCAAGAUUCUGAAGAACUCACUAACCUGCCAAACAGCAAGGAAGAUGCAUCAGAGUGUAAUGAUAAAACUUCUGAAGUUACAAGGAUACAGAAUUCUAUGCCAGAGGAAGUUGAUGGUGAGAAUCAAGAUACUUUUGCUGGAACAGUUGACAAUGUGGGAGCAGAAACCGACUCUAUUCUGGAGAGUGAAACUAAGGAGCAGCAUAAUGGGAAGGAGAGUGAUUUUGAUCCUGGAAGUAUAUUUGAGCCAGGGAGUGUCUUUGUUGAGUUUGGGAGGACAGAAGCUUCUUGGAUGGCAGCGCACUGCUUACAUGGGCGAGUUUUUGAGGAUCGGAUUGUGACAGUGGAGUAUGUCGCCUCUGAUCAUUACAGGGCUCAUUUUUCAAACUGAGCAUGUACGGUUGCUAAUUACAUGACAUGUACUUUUCAAUGGUAGUCGGUGAUUCAUUUUAGCUGGUUGCUAUGAUAGUGCCAUGUAAAUCCAGUUGGAGAAAUCAAAAUUAGAGUUUCAUCAAGGAAAUGUUAUUUUGAAAUAUUCAGUUUGAUUUAACCUAAUGCAGACUAGAGUAGGAAAUGAUCAGGUGGACUCUUUUAUUCUUAUCAUUGGCUGAGCCACGUUUCUGAAGAUUAGGUCCUUUCCUUUUGGCCAGUACGGUCUUUUGACCAAACGUAAAAUUCAAUUUCUCAAUAGAGAUUCUAGAU